GAGUUAAAGAGGCACAACGCACGAGCAUACACAUAACACUGGAAGAGGAACAAGAAUAAUGAGGCACAAGCAUCACAGUGACAGCGAUGAAGAUGAAACCUUCUACUACCGCUACUCCUCCGCCCCUCAACCGCCAUCUUCCUCCUCAAAUCCCUCCAAACCGAACCCUAAAUCUAAUGGCUCAGAUGGCCUAGCUCCAUCAAAAUCAACUCUUUACGUCUCAAAUCUCGACUAUUCUCUUACCAACUCCGAUCUCCACACUCUCUUCUCUACCUUUGGCAAGAUCGCUCGCGUCACCGUCCUCAAAGACCGAGUCUCCCGCCAAUCUAAGGGCGUGGCGUUUAUUCAGUUCGUUUCGCGAAAUGACGCUGUUUCUGCGGCUCGCCAAAUGGACAAGAAAAUACUUAAUGGCCGUACCCUCUCCGCCUCUAUCGCUGCUGAUAAUGGCCGUGCGCCGGAGUUUAUUAAAAAAAGAGUUUAUAAGGAUAAAAGUCGGUGUUAUGAGUGUGGAGAGAAUGGACAUCUAUCUUAUGAGUGUCCAAGGAAUCAGCUGGGGGCAAGGGAAAGGCCGGUGGCUAAGCGUGGUCGGGGAGAUGGUGGUCAAGGGAGGAGGGAGGAAGAAUGGGAGGACGGUGAGGUUUUUGAGGAGGAGAACUGGGCGUCUGUGGUUGAUGGAGAUGCAGAUGAGAGGUUGUUGAGCAGAGGAGAGGAAACUAAGGUGGAGAGGAAGAAGGUGAAGAAAGCGAGUUAUUUUAGUGAUGAAAGUGACGAGGAGGAGUAAUAUUGGGACAUGGGACAUUCGAGGCUUUAGUUUUCUGCUGGGUCAUAAAAAUGUAUUUAUUCAAUGGUAAUUUGUUGAACUGUAUGGUGGUCAUGCAUCAUCUCUCUGUAUGAACGUUUUCUUAUGGAUCCAGAGCAAUUUGUCCUUUUUGGGGGUAUCUCAUCUGUUUUAUUCACACUACUCUCUGAAUGACUUUGUUUUCUGUGGAUGUGCUUACUGAUGUAAUGAGCUUAAAUCAACUUGAUUAUACUGCUCUUAAAUUAACUUUUUUUUCUCUCUCUUUGUUUCUGACCCUGUUGCAUGGUCAGGGACUUUGAAAAGUGUUGAUUUGGCAAUGAUGCUGCCAGGGUUUUCAAAUGAAAAGUGUUGAUUUGGCAUUUCCAGUUGAUUGAGAGAAAUGAAAAAGACUUCCCACCACUUUGUACAUAUGACAAACGUAACAAAACUAUAUUUCUGAAUUCUGACUUCAGGCUCAGAAUAUUAUAUACAGCAUUUUAUGCAUGGUGAACAAAAUUACGGCUUGCUAGGGAGUUUCAUCUUGAGCAAGUCACGGCAAUCUGCAUUUCUGUAAGAAAGUUGACGAUGUACAACCAACUCUUAAUGUUGAGGCUACUUUUACUCUGAAAUGCUUCAAAACAUUGAAAAUGGAUGUGAAGGAAGUUGCUUAUUGUUUAUGCCUUUAUGGUAUGCAUCAGCACGCGCUCUAACGACUCUAGUCGGAUUUCCAUCAUGUUGGCAUUUUUGACUCAAUCUAGAUUGAAAUUCCUUACCAUAGGCAACUCAAUCAAAUGCCAUUGAUGGAUCUUGUGUAGUUACAGGGCUCCAACAUGUAUGGUUACAGUGAUAAUGAUAGGUGGUGCAGCGAAUAUUUUUUUAUUUGAUAAAGCAAACUUGUUAGAAUGUCAUGUAUUGGUUAAUGCUUAUGCAAAGAUAUUAGCAUGUAGCAAAAUAUUGGCAGUCGGGAAAUUUCAACUUAAUGUAUUAACGAAAACUUCUUGACAGAUAAUUGGGAUCAUUGGAAAUGUUAUUUCUCA